AUGAAGGAUCGUAAACCAGAAGAUGAGGCUGUGCUCGAGAAAAACAAAAGAAGAUUGAUGGAGAAGACAACCCAUUUGCUUGGCGGCAGAAGUAGUGAUCCAAGCUGCUUCUUAUUCUCCAAGGAAGAACUCAAAGAGGCAACAAAUAACUACGACUCAAAGCAAGUUUUUCUGGAUGAUGGAAACUUUAGAUUUAUAAUUUCCAAACAAAUGAAUGGCCACAAUGCACUCAAGUUGGUAGGAGUUUGCCUGGACACUGAAAUUCCUAUACUGGUUUUUGAAUCCUUCAAGUCCAGUGGAACUCUUGGUGAUCGCAUGGGCAAUAGAACACCAGGUUUUGAGCCUCUUCCCUGGAAACAUAGGGUGAAUAUUGCAUUUCAUUUAGCUUGCUCGAUUGCGUACUUCCGCCUUCAACUCCCUCGAUUCGUUGUUCAUGGCGGUCUUAAACCCUCAAGUAUCUUGCUAGACGAACACAAUGUUCCGGUGCUGACUGACUUCUCAUCAUCAAAAAUUAUAUCCCACAAAGAAGGUCAUGAUCAGAAGAAUGAUGUUUAUAGCAUUGGUCUACUGAUCCUUGCACUUCUGACCGGAAAAGAAGUAUGUGAUUCUCCUCCGAUUGAAAAGUCUAGCAAGGCAUACUAUUUAGUGGAUCAUGUGAAGGAAUGUGUAACGAGUGAGAGGCUUAAAGAGAUCAUGCUUGACCCCAUAGUUGUGGUUGGUAGACCACUUACAACUGAGAAAGCAAAAGAAUUGAGAGAUUUUAGACUGCUUGCUCUUGAAUGCACUCGUGACCACCUCCUGGAAAGGCCAAGAAUCGGCGAUGUGCUAAACCGACUCGGAGAUAUUGAACUUGCAGCACUGAAUAAUAAACAUUGCUAG